AACUGGGGCCGAGAUGACGUGAAGCAGCAGAAGCAGCAGGACUCGAGAUCAGGCCUGGGUACCGGGCACAGACAAGCUCCUCCCUCAAGAUACAAACCACUUCUGCUCCAUGUCACCGCCCUCUGAACGACUCGCUCAGGUAUGUCCAUCUCCCCUGCUUCAAGUCAGCAGCCCCCGCCCCCCUGCCUCGUUGCUGGACCCUUCACUCGAUCUGCAUCUCGGCUGCGACACCACGACGCCAUUUCAUCCAUUGCCAAAGACUAACACAUACCUUGUAGCACUCAAAAGCCAUGAGUACACAAGAAUCCGCCUUUUCCGAACUGCCGCUUGCCCCAGCAGAUGCCAUUUUCGCAUUGACUGCAGCGUACAAGGCAGAUUCAUUCAAGGAUAAAGUCAAUUUGGGUGUCGGCGCAUACAGAGAUAAUAACGGCAAGCCCUAUGUUCUGCCAGUCGUUCACAAGGCCCACCAAAUCAUCGCAGCCGACAAGAAUCUCGAUCACGAAUAUCUCCCUAUCGCAGGUCUCCCAGCCUUCACGGCUGCCGCUGCAAAGCUCAUCUUGGGAAAUGGCAGCAAACCACUUGCUGAAAACCGUGUUGCAUCUAUUCAGACCAUCUCCGGUACAGGCGCCAACCAUCUCGGUGCCCUCUUCCUCGCCAAGUUUUGGAAAGACGCGACCGUGUAUGUCAGUAACCCAACUUGGGCCAAUCACGCCGCUAUCUGGCAGAAUGUCGGUGUCCCCGUCCAACAGUACCCAUACUGGGACCCUAAAUCGCGUGGCUUGGAUUUCGCUGGAUACAUGAAGACACUCGAGACGUGUCCCGAACGCAGUAUCAUCUUGAUUCACGCAUGUGCUCAUAACCCAACAGGUGUGGAUCCCACACAAGACCAAUGGAAGCAAAUUGCAGAUGUCAUGGAGAAGCGUCGACUCUUCCCCUUCUUCGAUUGCGCCUACCAAGGAUUCGCCUCUGGUGACCUCGAGAAGGAUGCUUGGGCCACUCGCUACUUUGUUGAGCGUGGCUUUGAGAUGUGCAUUGCUCAGUCGUUUGCCAAGAACUUUGGCUUGUAUGGUGAGCGAGCCGGAGCUUUCCACUGGAUCGGCAAGACUGCUGACUCAACAAAACGCGUCAACUCACAACUCGCCGUGUUGCAGCGUAGUGAGAUUUCCAACCCACCUGCGUUUCCCGCGCGCAUCACAUCGCUUGUGCUGAAUGACGAGGCAUUGUUUAAGCAGUGGCAAGGUGAAUUAAAAGGCAUGGCAGAUCGGAUCAUUGCUAUGCGUACGGAACUCUUUGGUCACUUGCAACGUCUGCAGACUCCGGGCGAUUGGAGCCACAUCACCUCGCAAAUUGGCAUGUUUUCCUUUACUGGCUUGACACCAAAGCAAGUUGCCUUCCUCACAGACAAGUAUCACAUCUACCUCACCAAGAAUGGUCGUAUCAGUAUGGCUGGUCUCAAUACAACCAACUGUGAGUAUUUUGGCAAAGCAGUCGAUGAUGCCGUUAGGAAUGCAUAGUAGAAUGGUAUAUUGUCAAUCAUAGACACACAAGUGGGUUUAUAUCAUGCGGGUUUUUGUUGUUGCUUGUACUUAUGCGGUCUUUGAUUCUGUAGAGGCCAUCUUUUCUCGAGCACGCAAGAUGGC